CUUGAAAAAAAAGCAACGCGCUUCGCUUCUCUUUUGGAAUUUAUGGUAUAGUAACAAGGCUCCCUUUUGUGUCUCACAUCGGAAAUGUAUUAAUAUUUUGGAUACAAUCAUGUCAACAAUACGUUAAUUGCUCGCAUUAGGCGAUAGAUUUACAAUUUAAACAUAAUUUGUGAACACAACUCUUUAAUUACGGAUCAAUAGCGGACGCAAAAAUGAUGCCUUAGCGUCAUUGCAAAUGGGGACAAAGUCAGGUGUAGGCAUAACAGACCAUUGGAUGAAGAGUAUUAUGGAGCCGGCCGGCAGCGACAAACAAGUACAGAACGAGAAUAUACAAUCUGUGAAGCGAGAAAAGAUGGCAGAGGCAUACAACGGGCAGGAUACAACAGUGACAUUCGACAUGAAACAAAACCAAGUGCGUUAUUGCUGUGAUGUGUGUGAUCUAACAUUCGAGUGUUUGGAAUAUUUGAUCCUGCAUAAAAAGUUUCACGGCAACGACAAGGACACUCCGCAAAUGGAGCCGGAGACUCAAGUAGUGAAGGAGGGUCCGAAAAAGCGGCGUAAGUUUAAGUGCGACCAGUGCGACGUUAAGGUAAACUCUCAGUAUCAUUUAGACAUACACCGCAGUAAACACGAAGGAAACGCGGCCAAAAAGUACAUAUGCCAAGUGUGCGACCGCAGUUUCGUUGCCGCGCAAUUUCUCAAAAGCCACAUGCAGUCGCACUCGGCGACGAGCACGAUCAACUGUGAAAUAUGUAACAAGAGCUUUACGGGGCAGGCGUAUCUCAAGUUACACAUGCAACUACACAACGAUAUUAAGAAAUUCAAAUGCUCCAAGUGCGAUGAAAUGUUCCCCACAAAGAAUUGCUUGAAAAUACACAUGAAGAAGCACACUAAAAUUAAAAACUUCAAGUGUGACUGCUGUCAGAAGUUGUUUGUAUCCAAAAUCACAAUGGAGAAGCACAGGCAGACGCAUGAAGGCCAGCCGAUGGACUGUCUGGUGAAGUGCAACCAGUGUGAUCGAACUAUGCAUUCAUCGUUACUCCGAACUCACAUAGCCAGAGCCCAUCCGUCAACGAUUGAUGAUGAUGUGAAGCGGCCGCACAAAUGCUCGACGUGCGGCAAGAGUUUUAUCGUUAAAAUCAACUUGAAUCUUCACAUUAGGGUCUGUCAUCCGGAUCUAGUAGAUCCUGAGGAUGAAGAAGAUGACGUCAUGACAGAUAAUUCAUAGCUUAAGUCGUAUAACCGAUAGUGAUAUUUUUUCGUAUAAGUUUUUAUUACAUUUCUUUUACUGCUUAUGUGAUCAAUUUUACACAAUAAAUUGUAAGCUUUAUA